AUGAUUAAGGUGCCUCGCCUGUUAGAACAGGUAGAUUGGCUUGUGCGUAUUUCUGAAGUUCGACUGUCUGCAUCAACGCUCAUAGACUAUCUGUACACCGGUCGCAUUGAAAUCACCUUUACCAAUGCCAUGAACAUGAUUCUGUUGGCAAAACAGCUGUCGCUUCCCUGCGUGGAAAAUUGGGGUGUUACAUUUUUAUCUGCCAGACUUCAGAAUGAUAACCUCUCGGAAUGUUGGGAGUUUGCGGCAGCCGCGAACUGUACAGGUCUUCAAGAAGCUUGUGUGCAACACAUGAAUACGUUUUUCGAGGCAACCGUUGCGAAUGACCUUUUCCUGGAACUUCCUGCAGACGUGGUACUCGCCAUGUUGCGAAACGAUGACCUGCAAGUGGACAGUGAAGAGAAGGUAUUCGAGGCAGUUAAAAGAUGGGUGUGUCCAACCGGCAUUUUGGAUGAAGGCAGGAUUAUUCAUGCUCCAGAGAUGCUCAAGGAGGUUCGAUGGAAUCAAACGGAGCACAGUUUUAGGAGACGUCUUCUCGAGAGUGACGAUCUUAUCGGCAGCAGUGUAGAUUGCAUAAAGUGUAUAGGUCUUGCGGAUCAUUGGAUAGGAUAUUCGAGUUUAAGGAACCAGGAGGAAUGCCCCUUCAACGCUAGUCGUCGACUGGCAAGGCUUGCGACUUGUGUUCUCGUCUUCGGAAAAUCGGCGGUGAAUGACCUGCCUGCGGUUUACCAGUACGAUUUGAAGACAAAAACUUGCGACCAACUGAGCACCGUAGAUGGUCUUCAAGACGCAAGAUUCUUGGCUCAUGGUGGAGGCGCGGAUGGCCCCAUGAACACGAUUGAAAAAUUCAUCCCGAGUGAUCCACCGACUGCAGACCUCUCGUCCUGGUCUUGGGCUGCACUAGACUCCCUAAACGAUCUUACUAUCAUCCACGGAGCGGUAGCUAUCCAACAAUUUUAG